AACAUAGAAAACAAACCCUCGUGCGUAUGCAUUUGUUUUUCUCACAAUUUGUUAGCAAAAUGCUUUUCUGAUAGUAUUUUAUCUUAUUUUCUGCAAUAAUUAUUGAAUAAAAGUGUUAAAUAAAGAUCAGUGAAGGUGAAUUCAUUACAAUUAUGAAGUUCGCUUACAAGUUCCAGAAUCUCCUCGGCACCGUGUACCGGAAGGGAAAUCUCCAGUUCACUCCUGAUGGGAAUUCGGUGAUAAGCCCUGUGGGGAAUCGGAUAACAAUCUACGACCUAAAGAACAACAAGGUAAAAUCCUUGUCUUUGGAGAGUCGGUACAAUUAUCGAGCUCUCGAUAUUUCUCCAAAUGGAGCAAUUUUGAUCGCUGUAAAUGACAUUGGGGAAGCUCAGAUGAUCAGCACUGUGUCCUACACAGUGGUCUGCACUCAUAGAUUUCCCAGCAAAGUGUCUAGCCUGAAAUUCAGUCCCGAUGGGAGGUUCUUUGCAGUUUGUGUGAGAAAUACUGUAUUCAUUUAUAAGACUCCUGGGCAAUUAACAGGGGAAUAUGGUUCAUUUGCGCUGAAGAUAUUCUUUACGGGGGCUCAUGAUAAUUUGACGUGUGUGGAUUGGUCGUCAGAUUCAAGGGUAGUGGCUGUGGGAUCAAAAGACAAUUGUACAAGAAUUUAUUCGAUAGAGAAACUGAUGUAUUUCCGGACAAAAGUUCUAGGGGGACACACAGAUCCGAUUUCCGGAUGUUUUUUCGAAGAGAAUAGCUUGCAUUUGAAUUCUGUCAGUCGGAAUGGGCAGUUGUGCAUUUGGGAGGCGAAUCUGGGGUUGGGAGAAUUGGGUCCAUUGAAAGAUGAUACAGAGGAACCGGUUGAGAAGAAACAGAGAUCAGAGGAAGAUGAUGAGUUUGAUGAGGAAGUAGAUUAUGAGAAGGAGAAGGAAGCUUCAGCUCAAGGAAGCCUCAUGGAUAAAGGGGAGAGUGAAGAGGAGAGGGAUAAAUUGGGAAAGGUGAUUCCGAAGAGUUCAGAUGUGGAAGAAAAGAAACUACAGUACAAGAGAAUCAUGAGGUUCUACUUGGCUGAUGAGGUCAGGAAAGAGGACAGACAUGCUACCCUCACAGCUUCGGCCUAUCACAGGAAGUCCCGGAUUCUAGUGACUGCCUUUUCCAAUGGUGCUUUCUUCCUGCAUGAACUCCCGGAAGUAAACUUGAUCCAUUCCCUGAAUAUCUCAGAUUAUCAAAUUGACACAGUCACUUUCAAUGGAUCAGGCGAUUGGAUAGCCCUGGGAGUGGCUGGUGUUGGUCAGCUGCUGGUGUGGGAGUGGCAAAGUGAGAAUUAUGUGAUGAAACAGCAGGGACACUCGAGUGACAUGACCUGUUUAACCUACUCUCCGGAUGGUCAAUUUGUGGCUACGGGAGGUGAUGAUGGAAAGGUCAAACUCUGGAAUCUCCACACAGGCUUCUGCUUUGUCACCUUCAGCGAACAUUCCGCUCCUGUAACAGCUGUGGAAUUUAGCAGGAACAAAAAAUUCCUCAUCAGUGCAUCCCUGGAUGGAACUGUAAGAGCUUUCGAUAUGAUGCGCCAUCGGAACUUUCGCACAUUCACAACUCCACAGCCAACACAAUUUGCCAGUGUUGCCCUGGACUCUUCGGGAGAACUCGUAGCAGCAGGAAGUCAGGAUGUCUUCGAGAUCUACUUGUGGUCAGUGAAGCUGGGAAAACUCCUGGAAGUCCUGAGUGGACAUGAAGCUCCUGUGAUGUCUCUAGCUUUCUCUCCAAUUCCCACCUCUUCGACGCUCGUUUCUGGAUCUUGGGACAAAUCUCUCAAGGUUUGGAAUUGCCUGGAGGCGUCUGAAGAUCAUGAAAAUAUUGAUCUCAUGUCGGAUGUUGUUGCUGUGGCAUUUCAUCCGGCUGGGGAGGAAGUUGCAGCUGCAACUCUCAAUGGGAAUAUUUCAGUGUUUCAUGCAAAGGCCGCCCAACAGGUGGCGUUAAUUGAGGGGCGGAAUGAUUUGGGAAGCGGAGUCAGUGAACUGGACAUUGUUACAGCCAAGAAAAAUCUCCAGGGAAAAUGCUUCACAACAAUAUCGUAUUCAGCUGACGGGGAUUGUAUCCUGGCGGCGGGAAAGUCCAAGUACAUCUGCAUCUAUCACGUGAAAGAGGGCAUGCUGCUGCGGAAGUUCGAGGUGACACAGAAUCAGAGCCUCGAUGGAUUGAGUGACUUCCUGAAUCGCCGGAAAGUCACGGAAUUCUGUAACUUGGCCCUCGUGGAGCGCCGUGAGCCUCUCGAGGGCGGCAGUGUAGCGGUGAAAUUGGCAGGAGUUCAGCGGGGUGACAUGUCUACAAGGCACUAUAAGCCGGAAUUUCGGGUCUCUUGUGUGAGAUUUUCUCCCACUGGACUCUCCUGGGCAGCCGCUUGUACUGAGGGAUUGAUGGUGUAUUCCCUGGACAAGGGAAUUGUCUUCGAUCCCUACCAACUGUCCCAGGAAGUCACACCGAAAGCCACGAGAGAUUUACUGGCCAAGGAGGAAUUCUCAGGGGCUCUCAUCAUGGCACUGAAACUCAAUGAAACACCCCUCAUUCACCAAGUCAUUGAAUCUGUUCCGCUGAAAGAUGUAAAAUUGGUUGUGCGGAGCCUCCCGGAGGAAUUUGGGGAGCGUCUGAGUGAGAUUGUGGCUCAGCUGCUGAUGAGCACGCCACACGUUCAAUUCUAUCUGCAGUGGGCAUGUGAAGUGAUAACGUUCUUUGGCCCAAAGGAGAACAUCCUGCCACAUCAUGCCCUUCUCACGUUACACCAGAGUCUUUCACGGAAAUAUGAGACACUGUCCAAAGUAUGCGACUUCAAUAGAUACACAAUCAGAGUUCUCAAAUCUGUGGCUCAAGUCAGGGAAGCGCAGGAGGAUGUGCCGGAUCCUGAGGAUCAGGAAAUGACUCUCAUCUCCAAGGAAGAUGAUGUUACAAUGGAGGAUAGUGAAGAAGAAGACGAUGAAGAUUGACGUGGUUGAUUUUUUUGUUGUUGGAGGAGAAAAGAGACGAAGAAAGAUGGGAAGAAUAUGCAUCUUCCCAGGGAACUUGCGGUAUUCACAGGAGGUUAAAAUGUACAGUAUAAUAGUUAAUGGUGUUUAAAUUCUCAUUUAAAAUAGAUUCGCUAUUUUUAUUUUAGAUUUUUUUUCUUCUGAAAAUAUAUAAUCUUUUAUUCGUAAAA